UUCAUAGGUUAAAUCCUGCAAGAGAGUCUGCGCAGAGACCACAUGUAGUCAGCUUCCUGUUGGGGAGGUGGCUUGAUUAGUACGCUAAAUAAUCUGUUCUUGAGGGGGUAUUUUUUUUAGACAUGGAAGAACUACCUGCGGAUCUCAGAGCAUUUCUUAUUAAUCACCCUUUUCUACAGGUUACAGGUGGCAAAAAGAUUAAAUGCACUCUGAAUGGCCACGAGUUUCCUUGCAACCUGGCGGAGCUGCAGAACUUUACCCAAGGAAAGAAGUAUGAGAAACUGAGUGCUGCAGCAGAGUUCAACUACAGCCAAUAUGAGCCACACAUUGUGCAAAGCACAAAGCAACCCAAUCAGCUCUUCUGUAAACUGACCCUCAGGCAUCUCAAUCGGCAGCCACAUCAUGUCUUAAGACACAUCAAUGGAAAACGUUUCAAGAAAGCCCUUUCUAAAUAUGAGGAAUGUUUGCAGCAGGGAAUUGACUUUGUUCCGGACAGACUGAAACAGAAAAGACCAAAAUACACUGAGGAGGAAAUCAGUCGAGGGAAGGCCUCUAAACAUUCAAACAGCACAUGGGAACCCUCUUCCAGCGACGAAGAACAUAGUGACUCAGAAGACAGCAUGAGUGACCUCUACCCAUCAUCUAUGUUCACUUUAAAGAAUUCAGGGAAAGAAAGCAUGGAGGGUAAGGAAGAUGAGGAGGAUGACUUCCAGACAGAUGAGGAUGAAGAAAUGGAGGUGGACAAGCAGGUCAUGCAAAAACGCAAAAAGGUACAGGGUGGUGGAUUUCAGAAGAAAUUUAGAAACAAUCGUUGUAAAUCCGGACGCAAGAAAGGUGGAAAAGUUCAAAAUGGAAAGUAAAAUGUAAAAUAAAACUGCACUUUUACACCUGAUUAACUGUCAAGAGGCAACAUUAGCAUCCAGUUUGGAGUGUCGAUCCUACAUCUGAACAGCCUGAUGUCUGAACAUGCAUUACCAAUGUUUUUGGUAAAUGUUUCCAGUUUUCCAAGUCAUGAUAUUUCACAGAAGUCUGUGUGUGUGUGUGUAGGAGGAGGGAGAGGGGUUGAGUGUUAUAUAUGAUUUUCAGCCAAGUUCACUUGUAUAAAAAUAUAAUUUUGUUGGAUUUG